AUGGAGGAGACGACGGUUCGAGGAGAAGAUUCAACCGAUAUGAUUUCUGCGAUUCCAGUGAAUGAAGAUUGUGUUGGUGAUUCAAUAAGCAAUGAUCAAGCAGAGUUAAACAUUGACAUUGAUGGCUCGUCUUCAAGUCCAGUUGAUGAAGACUUGGUGGGUGUUGUAGUAAGAAAUGUUGACGAAGCUUUUGAGUUAUAUAAUGGAUAUGCAUACAGAGUUGGUUUUAGUGUGAGGAAAGGCCAACAACGUUAUAAGGCAUCUACUAAGUCAAUUCAGAUGAAGAGGUUCUUCUGUGCUAAGGCUGGGUAUAAGCAGAAACCAAACAGUGGUGUUAAGCUUUAUUCAAAGAUUGAUAUGAGGACUGGAUGUGGUGCAUUUGUUCAAUUUGAUGUGGGGGGUGAUGGGAUGUGGACAGUUACAAAACACUUGAAAGAGCACAAUCACGAGUUAUGUUCAUUUGGCAAGAGUCAUCUGCUUCGGUCGCAUAGAAGAGUGGGAAACAAUCAGCUUGAAUAUUUAAAAGACAUGAAGAGUAGUGGUGUUGCAUUGGCGGAUGGUAUGAGGUUUUUGAAACAUCAGUCAGGGGGUUCUCCAUUGGUUGGCUUUACCAACCGCGAUGCUUACAAUUCGAUGGCUUCUGUGAGUUUGAAGUGUUUGGAUGGAUCUGAUUCCAAUUCUUUGAUUGAGAUAUUCAGGAGGAGGCAAUCUAAUGAGGCUGAUUUCUUUUUUGAUUUCGAAAAUUCGAAGAAGCAUAUCAAGGCAUUGAGGAAUCAUAAGGAUUUUCUGGAUAUGUUCAAUUGUGUGUUGAAAUACACCGAGACUGAAGCUGAAUUUGAGGUUUACUGGACAAGGAUGGUUACAAAAUAUAGUUGUCAUAAGAAUACAUGGCUAGAGAAGCUUUAUGACUGUAGGGAGAAGUGGUGUCCAGCGUUCAACAAGGAUUAUUUCUCCGGGGGUAUUUUAUCUUCGCAAAGGAGUGAAAGCACAAAUCAUGCAAUUUCUAGGAGGCUGUCCAAGACUGCUGGUUUAUGUGAUUUUUAUUCAUCCUUUGUGAGUGUUAUAUCUGAAUGGAGAAGUAAGGAAAAUGGCGAGGAUUUCCGGUGUUCUCAAGGAGUACCCGCCAUGAUGAUGGAUCAUGUGAAACUCCUUUCACAUGCUAGAGAGUGCAAGUAUCACGUGUGGCGACCAGACAUAGAUAUCAUAAGGCAUGAAGUAACCUUUAAGGCAAUCAAUUUGGAUAUAUGCUGUAGUUGCAAGCUGUUUUCAGAAUUGGGAAUACUUUGCUGUCACUGCUUACGUAUACUUCAUGUGCACUGUGUUUCCAGUAUUCCCGAUAAAUACAUUCUAAAAAGAUGGACUAAAAAGGUUGUUGAGGGUAGAAACGUGGACAUUGCAUCUGUGUUUUAUAAUGGUGGUGUCCCUUCUUCAAUUUGGGCUGUUGAGAUUAGUAGGAAAUUUCAAAGGCUUAUUGUUUCUAGCCAAGACAACAGUGUUGCUAGACAAUUCUGUGAUGAAGCCGUUGAGAAUGCAAGGAAAAACAUUGAAGCUGAGAUUGGGGAUGUGAACACUGAGGAGGGUGCUGUGUCUUCGUCAAGUGGUAUUGUCCAAGACCCCUCAAGCCGGAGGGGUAAAGGUGUGAGAAAUAAAAGGAGUAGUAGUGUUAUUGAGAAGAAGUACAAUGCAGCAAGGGGAAGAAAGAGUGCUGCAAACAAGCUUGCUUCAAUUACAAAGGGCUCUGUCCAAUCAUUGGUCUUGGAAAAUAUUUCAGAGAUUGCUCGUGAUGGAUAUCUUGUACAUCCAAGCACCGGGGGUUCACAAUUUGUUCAUUUUAAUAAGAAUGUAGACCACGAUGUAGCUAUAGAUUGA